UACGACACAAUCACACAUAAAUCAGUGUAAUAAACGUGGAAAACUAAAGAUGAAGUAUGUAAAACUGAAAAUAAUUCCACGAAAAUUCCAUUUCAACGACCGUAUCUAUUGUAGGCCCACUAACACACGUUGUGUCAUCUUCAUUCAUAUUUUCUUCCAUUCCAUAUAAUCCACCAUUAACAUACUCUUUUUUUUUUCUCUCUCCUCUUCUUCUUCCUCCUCUUACACACCUCCACGUCUUCCCUUUCCCAACGGUAACACAACAUUCAAAAUCCCCCAAAAAAACAAAAAUCCCACAAAUUCAACCCUUAUAAUCAUCAAUCAUUAACCCCACAAAAAAUUUCAAAAAAAAUUGAUUAUCUAAAAUGGGGGUUGAUUACUACAACAUUCUCAAAGUUAAUCGAAAUGCAAGCGAAGAUGAUCUUCGAAAAUCGUAUCGUCGAUUAGCAAUGACUUGGCACCCAGAUAAGAACCCUAAUAACAAGCGUGAAGCUGAAGCGAAAUUCAAGCAGAUUUCCGAAGCUUAUGAUGUUUUGAGUGAUCCCCAGAAACGUCAGAUCUACGAUCUUUACGGUGAAGAAGUUCUCAAAUCCGGUCAAUUUCCGCCGCCUCCUUCCGCCUCUCACGGCGGCGCGUCGGCCUCACACCACCGGAAUCGACACCACCAUCAUAAUGGAAACCCUAACCCUAAUUUCUCGUCGUUUCGGUUUAAUCCGAGGGAUGCUGAGGAUAUUUAUGCGGAAUUGUUUGGGGAUGGAGGGGGUUCGAACCCGGGUGGUAGAGCUCCUAGUAGAGGGAGAAGUUAUAGAGAUGGGUAUUUUCGGACAUCGAAUGGUGUAGGUGGAGAAGGGGUGGCUCCGCAAGUACAGAAGAAAGGGCCUCCUGUUGAGAAUAAUUUGCCUUGUAGUUUGGAGGAUUUGUAUAAGGGUGCUAAGAAGAAGAUGAAGAUUUCUAGGACUGUUGCUGAUGAUACUGGGGUCCGUACUGUAGAGGAGAUACUAACCAUUGACAUAAAGCCGGGUUGGAAGAAGGGCACUAAGAUCACUUUCCCUGAGAAAGGCAACCAGGGGCCCGGUGUCAUUCCAUCAGACCUUAUUUUUGUGGUAGAUGAGAAACCUCAUCCCCUCUAUAAGAGAGAUGGUAAUGAUUUGGUGAUUGACCAGGACAUAACCCUUCUGGAGGCCCUCACUGGAAAAAAUAUUGAACUGACAUCCCUAGAUGGAAGGAGUAUCACUAUCCCUCUAAACGAUAUUGUUAAACCUGGCGAUGAGGUGAUUGUACCUAAUCAAGGGAUGCCAAUCUCAAAAGAACCUAAUAAAAAAGGCAAUCUGAGAGUUAAAAUCAAUGUGAAGUACCCACCAAGGCUGACCGAGGAACAGAAGGCUGAUCUACGAAGAGUUUUGGGUGGAAGCUAGUGAGUAUCCCUAAGGAUUUCCAUUGCUGUCGUGUAAAUACAGAACUGAUGCAAAUUGUGAAUACUAGCAUGAAAGUAAUUGAAGGUUCUGAAUUCCACACCCAGGAGAAUAGGAUAGGUAGUAGUAUUAUUAUCAUCAGAAGCUCAGUAUUAUUUAUGUUGAUAGCGUUUCUCCUGGAAAAAUAUGGGAAGAGAUGAUAGUCUAACUGGAACAUUUAGAUUUAUUUAUCGCAGAUUUUGUGCGUUGCUGCUUGCAAUAUUCGUUUCUUUUGUAUUCUCUUCAAGCCCAAAAAGAAAACUCUAUUCCCAGGUUUUUAUUUUUGUACAAGGAAACUGGAAAUUCAAAGGUGCUUGUGAGUUAAAAUUUUCAUUGGUUUUUGACA